AUUUCCCUGGGAAAAUCUAAAAACAUUUGAUGUAAAUAAAGGUCGUUAGCCUGACCCGGAAGUAAACAGUCCGGCAGCGUUAGCAUUAGCAGGCCUUGAGGGUGCAGCCUGUUUUUAUCGUUGGUUUGUCGGGUUUUACCUGAAGAAAACGAUAGAUACGUUGUUCGUCUCAGAAGUAAAGGGUUUUUUUUAGGGGGCAUUCAUGUGUGGAAACGUGUUACAUGUAAAAACUAACGUGGCUGUGAUUGUUAGAGCAGCGGAUGAUCGGAGAGCAUCAGAGCAGCUGCAGCGACCAUCAUGUCUGCACUUCAGCAUCUGAGAGUCCGUCAGCGACGAACUUUCUGCUGCUGCUGCUGAAGAAAUCUUCAGACUCUGUGAAAGAACCAUCGUCCAAAACGAGGAGGAGCUCUGUCGUCAGCGCAGACUGCUGGAUAUCAGCUGGAAACCACAGCUUUCAGCUCCAUAGAUCUCUCCCAGCAUUCUAUGAUGAAUCAGGAGAGGACACCCAAAGAGGAGCAGGCAGAACUAGAACCUCAUCAGAUUAAGGAGGAGAUGGACGGACCAGAAUAUCUUCAGAAUGAAUGGGAGCAAGAUAAACCCCCACCUCCACAGAUUAGGGAGAGCCAGGAUGGACCUGAACCACCACAGAUUAAAGAGGAGCAGGGUGAACUAGAAGAUCAACAUAUUAAGAAGGAGAUGGAUAAACUAGGAGAUCCUCAGAUUAAAGAGGAACAGAAUAAACUAGAAGAUCAACAUAUUAAGGAGGAGAUGGAUGAAUUAGAAGAUCCUCAGAUAAAGGAGGAAAACGAGGAACUCAGCAUCAGUCAGGAUGAAGAGCAGUUGGAGACUGAUGUCUUGAUGGAUUCUCUUACCUAUGAGGAGAAUGAGCUCAGUGAAGAAGAGCUAAACAGUCAGCAGAGCUUUAGUGAUAGUCAGGAUGAAGAGCCAAACCAACAUGAAUCAAGAUCAGCUACAGAUGGAGAGACAGACCCACAGAAGAAAGCCAAACAGACCCAAAAAGAAAGUAAACGUUCCCGUGGAAGAGCUGGACAAAGUUCUAGUAGCUCUUGUAAUACGUCCGCCCACUUGACAAGUAACUCUGUAGACAAACCUUUCACCUGUGAGGAAUGUUGUAAAAGCUUUAGGCGACUGUGUCACCUUCAAACCCACAGGAGAAUCCACACGGGAGAGAAGCCCUUUUUCUGUAAAGAAUGUUUCAAAUGUUUCCGAGACUCGUCUACUCUGAGAAGACACAUGAGGACCCACACAGGAGAGAGGCCUUUCUUCUGUCUCCAGUGUCAUCAGAGUUUCAGCCAAAUAUCUAUUCUGAGGACCCACGUGAGAACCCACACGGGUGAGAAGCCUUUCGCGUGUCAAGAAUGCGAUAAAAGUUUCAAUGAGAAAUCCAGCCUGAAAAAACACAUGACGACCCACACGGGAGAGAAGCCCUUUGCGUGUCAAGACUGCGACCAGAGGUUCUCUCGGAAGUCUGUCCUCAGGACACACAUGAGGAUUCACACAGGCGAGAAGCCUUUCGCGUGUAAGGAGUGUAACAAACUUUUUAGGGAAACAUCUUACCUUAGGAAGCACAUGAGAACCCACACCGGAGAGAAGCCCUUUGCGUGUCAAGACUGCAACCAGAGGUUUUCACGAAGGUCUGUUCUCAAGGCACACAUGAGGAUUCACACAGGAGAGAAGCCUUUUGCAUGUACGGAGUGUCAUAAGCUGUUUAGGGAAAGAUCUUCUCUCAGGAAGCACAUGAUGACCCACAGCAGAUUACUCCUGUACUGGGCUGAUUUCUCCCAGCAUUCUAUGAUGAAUCAGGAGAGGACACCCAAAGAGGAGCAGGCAGAACUAGAACCUCAUCAGAUUAAGAAUGAGAUGGACGGACCCGGGUCGCCCCAGAUUAAAGAGGAACUAGAUGAACCAGAAGAUCCACAUGUUAAGGAGGAGAUGGAGGAAUUAGAACCUUCCGACAUUAAGGAGGAACCAGAACCUGAACAGAUUAAGGAGGAACAAGAGGAGCUCAGCAUCAGUCGGGAUGAAGAGCAGUUGGAGACUGAUCCCUUGAUGGAUUCUCUUUCCCAUGAGGAGAAUGAGCUCAGUGAAGAAGAGCUAAACAGUCAGCAGAGCUUUAGUGAUAGUCAGGAUGAAGACGAAUCAACAUCCACAACAGAUGGAGAGACAGACCCACAGAACAGAGUUCAGGGUCAUGUCCAAAGCCUGGACAGCUCUCACGUGUCAGAAAGUCAAUGUGACUCUGAUGUUGGUAAAAACGCUAAACAGACCCAGAUAGAAAGUAAACUUUCCUGUGGAAGAGCUGGACAAAGUUCUAGUAGUUCUCGUAACGCGUCUGUCCAUGUGAGAAGUAACUCUGGAGACAAACCUUUCACCUGUGAGGAAUGUUGUAAAAGCUUUAGGCGACUGUGCCACCUUAAAACCCACAGGAGAAUCCACACGGGAGAGAAGCCUUUUUUCUGUAAAGAAUGUUUCAAAUGUUUCCGAGAAUCGUCCAGUCUGAGAAGACACAUGAUGACCCACACAGGAGAGAGGCCUUUCUUCUGUCUCCAGUGUCAUCAGAGUUUCAGCCAAAUAUCUAACUUGAGGACCCACGUGAGAACCCACACGGGUGAGAAGCCUUUCGCGUGUAAAGAGUGUGAUAAGAGUUUCAGCGAGAAAUCCAGCCUGAGAAAACACAUGACGACCCACACGGGAGAGAAGCCCUUUGCGUGUCAAGACUGCGACCAGAGGUUCUCUCGGAAGUCUGUCCUCAGGACACACAUGAGGAUUCACACGGGCGAGAAGCCUUUCGCGUGUAAGGAGUGUAACAAACUUUUUAGGGAGAGAUCCUACCUUAGGAAGCACAUGACGACCCACCACAGAUGACUCCUGCAGAGGCCGCUGUAGAGUUAGAGGGGGGCGGGGCUUCCUGACACUUUUAACGAAGGGUGGAGGUUGUUGGUUUGCGAAAAAACCAACCGGAAGAAAAAAAGCUUUAUUUUAAACGGCAACUCUAACAGUUAUGUUAAAGCUUUAAUCAAAGUUUUUAUCUAGAAUUCUUAACACCUCUGGGUUAGAGCCCCUUUUCUACCUGAACUCCACAGACCUGAAAUCAUAAACAUCAGGUUAUGUCCUGCUACAUUUCAAAUCAAAUGUUCUUGAACGAACUGACCUGGUUAACAGGUUCUAUUAUUCUUGAGAAAACCCGGUUACCAAUUUAGAUUUUUGUUUUUGUUUUGUUUAGAAAAAAAAAUCUAUCCUGAUUUUCAUUGAUCAACUUUUUUUGUUUUUAGCAUUUUUACAAAUAUUUGUAUCUUGAUGCUGAAAGGACUGCUAUGUGUGUUACCAUGAAGUUUUAUUGUUGAAUGAAAAAGGCCUUUACUUUAUAAAUGUACUAAUUUAUUGUGAUCGGUGUACGUUUUGUCUACAUUAAGGACAAAUGCAUGAACUGGUACCAGUGCAGCAGCUGUUCUUGUCUUUGGAACCACUCAAGCCAUGUUUGUUUGUUUUUUUAAUCUGUCUGAUCCUCUCUC